AUGGCUCCCAAUUUUUACCGUGAGGUUGACUUGGUCAAAGAACAAGUGAUACCACCCAUGUCCGAAGUGGUUCUGUCAUCAAACGCGAAGGAAGCUGCACCACAAAAUAUUGAAUCUAAGAAACUAUCAUACGAGUUACAAGAUUUACUGGGAGAGAAUAAAUUGGCCUAUGGCAUUUCGUUGAGGACUCCGGAGCCAUUGAUCAAUUUCUUUGGCGCAGUACGUGGUAAAUUGAGCAAUGGUUUGGAAUUUGUAGAAAAUAAAAUUGAUCGUUCGUCUCAGGCUUACUAUGACAAAGAGAGAAAAGUCACAUCUGCUAUUGCUGAUCUUCAUAGUGAUCCUAAGGAACAACUUUUACCUGGAUUUACCUACAUUCUAGUGGCUUCAAUGUCCGGAUCCAUCCUAACAAGGAAUAGAAACAUUUUCUUAAGAGGGGUCACACCAGUAGUAUUCGGUAUUUCAUGCUUCUCAUACGUCCUUCCAACAACUUACCGCAAUACUAAACGUUUGGCAUACGACAUCGAGAAACGGAACUUCCCUGUCUUUGUUAGUAGACAAGAUAAGCUAUACAAUGCCACUAUGAAGGCAGCUUGUAAUACUGCGUAUUACACUAAAAAUGUUGCUGCCACGGUCAAAAGAGGCUAUGAGAGAACAAACAAAGCUAUUAAGGAAUGGACUGGUUUGAACGUUUGA